AUGGCUCCUCCAGUUUGGACUCUGGUGCUGCUUGUGGGGGCUGCCUACAUACUCAGGGAAAAAAAGAGAGAAAAAAAAUUGCCUCACAGGGGCUCUUUCUUUCCAGCCAUUAUCUCCCAGUGUGAUUUUGACGAUAAUUCCAAACCCCUCUGUGACUGGUCCCAAGAGUUCACUGAUGAUGGGGACUGGAUCCGAGCCAGUGGUCCCUCCCCAUCUGGCACCAGUGGGCCCCCUGGGGGGUACCCUAAUGGAGAGGGCUACUAUCUGCACAUGGAUUCCAACAACUUCCGUCAGGGUGGAGUGGCCCGCCUGCGCAGCCCUGACAUAUGGGAGCAAGGCCCAUUCUGUGUGCGCUUCGCCUACCACAUGUUCGGGCUGUCAUGGGGCUCCUGGCUCCGACUGCUGCUAUUCAUGGGCAAACAGAACAAUCGCCCCAAAUUGCUCUGGAAACACACAAAUACCCAGAGCCCUUCCUGGAUACCUACCUCCAUCACUGUGCCCGCAGGACUCAACCUGCCCAGCUGGCUGACGUUUGAGGGGAUGAGGGGCAACACUCCCUACUUGGACAUCUCCCUGGAUGCCCUCGCUAUCCAUCGGGGAACCUGCAAUAGGGUAUGCAUGAUGCAAAUGUGCAGUUUUGACACGAUGAAUGAUCUCUGUGGCUGGAGCUGGAUCCCAUCUUCCUCUGGGGCCAAGUGGACACAGAAGAAAGGGUCAUCAGGGCAGGCAGACGUGGGACCUAAUGAUGACUUCUCCAGUCCUGGGAAUGGCCUCUACAUGCUCCUGGACCCCAAAAAUGCAAGGCCGGGGCAGAAAUCUUCCCUCCUGAGUCCCCCGAGCCGCUCCAAUGGCUGUCUGACCCUUUCUUUCUACUAUAUCCUGCGGAACCGGUCUCCUGGAGCAGCCCUCCUGGUCUACGCUUCCACCUUGGGCAGCAUCCGGAAACACACUCUUUUUUCAGGACAACCUGGACCCAACUGGCAGCCUACUUCUCUCAAUUAUACAGGACCGGGACAGAUACAGUUUGCCCUGGUGGGUGUGUUUGGAAGGAUCCCAGAGCCAGCGGUAGCAGUGGAUGCAGUCAGCCUUGCUCCCUGUGGGGACAGCUUUCCUCAGUGCAACUUUGAAGACAAAGCCCGUCCCUUCUGUGACUGGACCCAUAAACCAGAAAGUGGCGGACAGUGGUCCUGGGGAAGUAGAACUAUUCUCAACAACAUCACAGGCCUUGUGGGUGAGUUCUCUUAUCAAGGGAAUCAUUUUAUCUACUUUGAGGUGGACAAGGUCUCCAAAGCAGGGCAGUCUGUCAAACUGACCAGCCGGCCCUUCUGUGCCCCCGGGGAUAUCUGUGUGGAAUUUUCUUACCACAUGAAUGGCCCUGGAGAGGGCAGUACACUCAUUCUCCUGCUGAGCAGCCCUGCUGGAAGUUCCCCUUCUUCUCUGUGGAACCGUGUUGGGCCCCAGAGCCCUAGCUGGCUCAAUGCUUCUACCACCAUCUCUUCAGGACACCGGCAGCCCAUGCAGCUUAUUUUUGAGGCCAUCCGGGGUAGCAACCCCGCUUUUAUUGUUGCUGUGGGUUUCAUCUUGAUCGGUCAAGGUUCUUGUCGAGUACCACUACCCCCUCUACUACCACUACCCUCACUACCCCUACUACCCCCACUACCCCUACUACCCUUUGUCAUCACCAUCGAGAUAACCACCCCCACAGAGCAAGUCACUGAUAUCACCGAGGAGAUCACCACUGCCACGGAGGAACCCACUGAGGAAAUCACCACUGCCACAGAGGAACCCACUGAAUUCGAGGAGACCACCUCGGCCACAGAGGAACCCGCUGAAACCACUGAGGAGAUCACUACCACAGAGGAACCCAUCGAAACCACCCCGGAGACCACUACCACCACCACAGAGGAACCCACUGAGACCACCCCGGAGACGACGACGACCACCACCACCACCACCACCACCACCACUACCACCACAGAGGAGCCCAUCAAAACCACCCCGGAGACCACCCCCACCACCACAGAGGAACCCACUGAAGCCGCGGAGGAGACCACCGUAGAGGAACUUCCCGAAGCCACUGAGGAGACCCCCACCCCGGCGGAGGAACUCACUGAAACCACAGAAAAGCCCUCAGCUUGUACUGAAGAAUCCUGCCCUAGUACAUCGGACCUGCCCGCUGGGCCAUCAGUCUUGGUGAAGCCUCCACACUUUCACAAGAGCACCACUUCCCCGACUACCACCACCUCUAUGACCACUACCACCACCACUACCACCACCCCCAAAACUACCAAAGUGAAGUGCUCCCCAAAUUCCCACUAUGAAUCCUGUGCCUGCCCUGCAUCCUGUGAGAACCCCAAACCCAACUGCAAUAUACUCUGCCAGCCAGGCUGUGUCUGCAAUCCUGGUUUUUUGUUUAAUGAAGACAAAUGCAUCAAUGCCUCUUCCUGUGAUUGUGUCUACGGCAAAAGCUACUAUAAGUUUGGGCAAGAAUGGUUCAGCCCCAACUGCACAGAACGUUGCCAAUGCCUUGCUGGCAGCCGUAUGGAGUGCCAUAUCUCUGAGUGUGGAUCACACACAGUGUGCCAACUGAAGGAUGGCGAGUAUGGAUGCCACCCCUAUGGCACUUCCACCUGCAUGGUCUAUGGUGACCCUCAUUAUGUCACCUUUGAUGAGAGGCACAUCAACUUCUCAGGCAAAUGCACCUAUGUCUUGACUCAGCCCUGCCGAAACUCCUCAAACACAUUCUUCAAAGUCUUAGCCAAGAAUGAGGAAUGGGGACCCAGAGGACUGACCUGCCUGAGCAAGGUUCAUGUGAUCCUGUCUGAGACUACCAUCACCCUGCUCAAGGGCAGACAAACACUGGUUAAGGGUCAGCGAGUCACCCUCCCAGUCAGACCUUCUAAAGGUGUCAUCAUACGUCCAAGUGGGCGGUUUGUGAAAGUGAAAACAGCAUUUGGUUUGCUUAUAAAGUGGGACGGCCACCAGCAGCUGUUUGUGACUAUGUCCAGUGUGUUCUCAGGCAAACUCUGUGGUUUCUGUGGAAACUUUGACGGGGACAGCAGCAAUGACAACCUGAAGCCAGAUGGUGAGCCAGCUGAAGACGAUGAGGAUCUGGGGAACAGCUGGCAGACCGAGCAGGAGUGCGAGGGUAUCGAGACACGUACCCCAACUUGUGGGCGAGCCUUGCAGAGCACUAUGUCAGGGUCCAAGUUCUGUGGCCAGCUUGUCAGCUCCAAAGGAGUGUUUGAGGAAUGCCAGCUUCAUGUGAAGGUCUCUUCCUUCUUUGACAACUGCAUGAAUGACAUGUGCAACUUCCAGGGCUUCCAUCUCAUGCUUUGUAUCCAUCUUUCGUUCAUGACUGCAGCCUGCCAGCACGCUGGCUAUGCCGUGAAGCCCUGGAGGAAACCCCAGUUUUGCCCCCUGAUCUGUCCAGCCAAUAGCAGUUACUCUUUGUGUGCCGAUCCAUGCCCGGACACCUGCCAUUCGGGAUUCUCUGACAAGACCUGCCCAGACCACUGUUUGGAGGCCUGCGAGUGUAACCCGGGCUUCAUCCUCAGUGGCCUCGAGUGUGUCCCUCCAUCCCAGUGUGGGUGCCUUGACACUUCAGGAACCUACUUCAAAUUAGGGGAACAGUGGUACAAACCAGGCUGCAAGGAGUUCUGUGUCUGUGAAAAGAACAACAAAAUUCACUGCCAGCCCUGGAAAUGUAAGGCCCAGGAGGCCUGUAUGCUGCAAGAUGGCACCUAUGGCUGCCGUGCCCGAGGGGCGGCCACCUGCAGCGCCUCGGGCGACCCCCACUACUUGACCUUUGACGGAGCUCUGCACAACUUCAUGGGCACCUGUGCCUACGUCAUGGUCCGCCCUUGCAAUGUCAGUUCCCGAGAGAACAACUUUCUUGUCACCACCACCAACGAGAUCCGCGAUGGGAACUUGGAGCUCUCCUACAUCAAGUCUGUCAACGUGCAGAUCUUUAACCUCAGAAUUUCGCUGAUUAAAGGUCGAAGGGUCAUGGUGAAUGGCUUUCGGAUAUCCCUUCCCAUGUGGCCUCUGGCAGGCCAGGUGAUCGUUAGGCUCAGUGGCUCUUUUAUUUUGCUCUACACGAACUUUGGGCUUCAGGUCCGCUACGAUGGGAAGCACCUGGUGGAGGUGACAGUACCCUCCUCCUAUGCUGGCCAGCUCUGUGGGCUGUGUGGGAACUACAACAACAACAGCCUAGAUGACAACCUACGCCCAGAUAAGAAGCCCAUAGGCAGCUCGGUGUAUCUGGGGGCCUCCUGGAAGCACUCAGAUGACUCAGAACCCGGCUGCUUCCUGAGGGGUGGCAUAUCCUCCAACUGCCAAUAUAACAGCACGUCGGACAGCUGGAAUAAGAGCUGUGCCAUCUUGGUGGACCCUCAGGGGCCCUUCUCCAUGUGCCAUGACGUGGUGUCCCCGCAGGCCAGCUUCUACAGUUGUGUGUAUAGCCAGUGUGGGACCAAGGGCAGCACUGUGGCCCUGUGCCACUCCCUGCAGGCCUAUGCGUCCCUGUGUGCUCUGGCUGGCCAUGCCCUUGCCUGGCGCAACAGCAGCUUCUGCCCUAUGCGGUGUCCUUCUGGCAGUCACUAUAACUACUGUACCAGCCCCUGCCCAGCCACCUGCCUUAGCCUGAGGAUCCCCAUGAAGUGCCCUUCUAUGCCCUGUGUGGAGGGUUGUGAGUGCCACGGAGACUUCAUCCUGAGUGGGACGUCCUGUGUGCCUCUCAGCCUGUGUGGCUGCACUGACUCAAAGGGCUUCUACCACACGUUGGGGGAGAGCUGGUACCUGGAGAACACCUGCACCACCCUCUGCACCUGCUCCGUCCAAAACAACAUUACCUGCCAGAAGACCGCCUGCAAGUCUGAGCAGACCUGCAGAGCCCUGGAUGGGCUGUUUCGCUGCAGGGCCUCAGAUGUGGGCGUGUGCCGGGUCUCAGGGGGUUCCCAGUUUGUGAGCUUUGAUGGCGUUAGCCAUAAAGCCAUUGUGGACAUCUGCACUCAAGUCUUAGUCAAAGUGUGCCACCCCAACAUGAACCUACCUUUCUUCAAGAUCAGUGCCAAGAGUUAUAGCCAACAAGACAGUACCAGUCCCAUCUCCCUCCCUGAGCUCUACAUCAACAUCUUCAAUUCUAAGAUCAUCCUGAAAAAGAAACACCAAGUGCUGAUCAAUGAUGCAACAGUCACACUUCCUGCCACAUCCCAGAUCCCUGGGGUCAGCAUCACUUCUAGUGGCACCAACACCUUCGUCGAUGUUGAUAAUGGACUACAAGUCCGUUUUGAUGGCAACCAGUUCUUAGAGAUCAAAGUCCCUGUAGCCUAUUAUGACAAGGUGUGCGGUGUGUGUGGCAACUUCAAUGGUGAGGUGGACGACGAGCACAUGAUGCCCAGUGAAGAGUUUGCCCAGAACAACUCUGAGUUCAUGAACAGCUGGAAGGACAAAGGCAUUGAGCAAACUUGCCAGAAGCCCUCAGAGCAACCUCAGAACAAAGAGGAAUCCACGGGCAAAGUGAAAGCCCUUUGCAAGCAAGUCGACUUCAAAACAGUCCAGAGAAAUUGCCAAGCAGCCCUUGACGCCCCUGCCUGGGCCCAGUGUGCCGCCCAGGUGGACAUCCAGCCCUACCUGCAGCUCUGUAGGGACAAGUUCUGUGACUCUGGAAUCCUGACAGGAGCCCUCUGCCUGGUUUUCCAGGACUUUGGGGCCGCCUGCAAGACCCAGGGGCUCAAGCCCCCCAUCUGGAGGAACAGCAGCUUUUGCCCUCUGGAAUGCCCGGCCCAUUCCAGCUACAGUAGCUGCCUUCCCUCCUGCCCAUCUUCCUGCUUGAACCCGGAUGGCCACUGCACGAAUAGCAGAGGCCCUUCCAGCUGUGCUGAAGGUUGCCUCUGUCAGUCUGGCUAUGUGAUGAAUGGGGACAAGUGUAUGCCCAAAAGUAGUUGUAGCUGCAAGGACGCCCAGGGUGGCACCAUCCCUAUAGGCAAGACCUGGAUCUCCACAGGCUGUACGCAGACUUGUUCCUGCGUAGGAGGAAGCAUUCAGUGCAGGACCUUCCGCUGUCCCGCUCAGUCUCACUGCCAGCACAAGGAAGGAAUCAACAAUUGCGUCCCUGACAAAUCGGAUCAAUGCUCCGUCUACGGGGACCCCCAUUACCGCACAUUUGAUAGGUUCAGCUACCUCUUCCAGGGUCGCAUGACCUACAUCCUGGUAAAGACAGUGGACAAGCUCCCAGAAGGGCUGGAGAAGCUGGUUGUGGAGGGACGUAACAAGGUGUAUUCCUCGGCCCCGGGCCUGAUCUUCUUGCAUGAAGUGAUCACCUUCGUCUAUGGCUAUAAAGUCCAGUUCCAGGCUGGACUGACGCUUCUGGUCAACAACCAGAAGAUGGCCUACCCCUACAGUCCCAAUGAGCGCCUGCAGGUCACCAUGCAGGGCCAGCGGCUCUUUCUGAUCACCGACUUUGAGCUGGUCGUCAGCUUGGGUGGUGGUGCAAGGAUCAACGCAGUGAUCACCCUUCCCAGCAUGUACCAGGGGCUGGUGCGUGGCAUGUGUGGGAACUAUGACGGGAACCGCACCAAUGAGUUCGUACUGCCAGAUGGCAGGCUCACCCAGAACCUCUAUGUCUUUGGCAACAGCUGGGAGGCGAAUGCGGAUGAGCCCCUCUCACGUUCCCCAAGGGCCAUACCCAAGGAGGAAGAGAGACAACAAGCAGAUUCCAGCUCCCUAGGGUUGGCAUGCAGCUUGGAGCAGCUGGCACUCAUCAAUAGCACCCAGGCCUGUAGUGUGCUGGUGGACCCCGAGGGUCCCUUUGCUGCCUGUCACCAGACUGUGGCCCCAGAGCCUUUCCAGGAGCACUGUGUGGUUGAUCUGUGUACAGCCCAGGACCCCAAUGACCAAGAGGAGCUGCGCUGCCAGGUUUUCAGCGGGUACGCCAUCACCUGUCAAGAGGCGGGCGCCAGCCUAACCAGCUGGCGGGACCACACCCGCUGUGCCAUGACAUGUCCAGCGAAUACCGUGUAUCAGAGUUGCAUGAUGCCCUGCCCGGUGUCCUGUGCCAACCUGGUGACCCUUGGGGACUGUGAGGGCCCCUGCGUGGAAGGCUGCGCCAACCUCCCAGGCUACGCCUACAGUGGUGCCCAGAGCCUCCCGCUAGCUGACUGCGGCUGCACCAGAGACGGUGCCUAUUACCAGCUGGGUGACAGCUUUGUGACUGAGGAUUGCUCUGAGCGCUGUACCUGUGCCAGCUCAGGGGUCCUGAUGUGUGAGCCCUUCGGCUGCAGCUCCGAGGAGAUCUGCACCUUAGGCAACUUCACCCGCGGCUGCUUCCGAGAAACCCCGUGUCUUCCGAACCCCUGUCAGAACGAUGGUCAGUGUCUGGAGCAGGGGGCCAGCUUCAUCUGUGAAUGUGAGGUCGGCUAUGGGGGAGCCCUGUGCACGGAGCCACGGGACAUCCCUCCCCCUAAAAAGCCAGAAGCAUCCAACUUUGUGGCCAUCCUGCUGGGUAUGCUGGUGCCCGCGGUGGUCAUAGUGUCAGCAGCGAUCAGAGAGUGUGUUUACAGGAUGAGGAGGAGGAGGAGGAAGAGGAGGGAGAAAAUGAAGGACCAGAACAGAGGCCAGUUGGGGGACACAGGUGAGAGCCCACUCUGGGGCCAGCACCUGCACAUCCAGAGCUGA